GGAGUUCGUGGAGGAGGUGGCACAGGACUUCGCCCGGCAGCACCCCGAUGUCGUCCUCUAUGUCAGCCGCCACUCGGGCCUGGCCCCAGUGCUGCGGGCAGAGUACUUGAAUGGGACGGUACGGGAGGAGCUGAUCGCCAGCAAGACGAGCCAGGAGAUUGCACAGCUGGCCACCAAGCUGGCCAACCAGUCCGGCCUGGACAUCGUUCGUAUCCGCAAGCCUUUCCACACCGACAAUCCCAGCAUCCAGGGCCAGUGGCACCCUCUCACCAACAAACCCUCCGUCCUCACUGUCCAGGGCCCGCGCCUGCAGCCCCAAUAUAGCCUCCACCGCCAUCCCC